GACAAUAAGAAUCUACCCACGAUAUACAUUAUAACUCCCACGUAUUCAAGGUUGGUUCAAAAAGCUGAACUAACAAGACUUACUUACACUUUGAAAUUAGUUCAAUGUAUUCAUUGGAUUGUUGUUGAAGAUUCCACAAUAAAGACCCAGUUAGUGAAGCGUUUAUUAGCAAAAAGUAACCUCAAAUACACCCAUUUGAAUGUGUUGACGCCGCCGGAAUAUAAAUUAGGGAUUAGUGAAAAAAGAUGGAGGAAGCCCCGAGGUGUUCUGCAAAGGAAUGAAGGAUUGAGAUGGUUGAGAUCAAAUAAAAAGUUAAUAUUGAGUGGCUCUGAAGGUGGUGUUGUAUAUUUUGCUGAUGAUGACAACACAUAUGAUGUGCAGUUGUUCGAUGAGAUGAGGUCGACCAAGAAAGUAUCCGUCUGGCCGGUCGGUUUUGUCGGUAAAUUGCGAUACGAAUCACCGAUUGUUGGGGAUGGGCGUGUCGUCGACUGGUUCACAUACUCGAAAAGUAAUCGAACUUUCGCGACGGACAUGGCUGGAUUCGCCGUGAAUGCCGACUUGAUGAUCAACUCGAAAGUGGAAUUCAGCGUUAAAAGCAGCAGAGGCAUGCAGGAGAAUGACUUCCUAGUCAAACUGAAAAUAACUUUGAACGAUUUGGAACCGAAAGCUGACCUAUGUACUAAGGUUUUAGUUUGGCACACACAAACAAUGGAACCGAACGUGAAGAAUGAAGAGCUACUGAUGAAGUUUGGCAAAAGUGGGUCGAAUUUGAACAUUGAAAUCUGA